GCGUGGGUUACAGUUCUUUCAGAAACCAUGGUUUGCUUUUUCUAACCCUUUUCCUUGUAUUCAAAAUCACUUCUGACUUCAAAACCCAAUGCGAAGAAUGUGCCCAGCAACUAUUCCUUUCCCUGUGAUGGAAGAUAAGGCCUAAGGAGUGGCUUCGAGGCCACGCGUUUCAAGUUCCCGACACCCCAAUUCCCUGCAAUCACUGAUUGACGACCGUUAUUCGCCUUCGAAAAUCGUUGCACCACACGGUCUUAGGGUUUGGAUCAAGCUUGUAUCCAGUAAUGUGAAUGUCGACUCUUUUUACAAUCGUAAUCUCGCGAAGUCUUCAAUCUUCGUUUCUUCGCCAAACUCGAUGUCUACUGGCCCUCACUGUGGUAUUCAGGAGGGAUGAACCAUUGCAAAACGGAAGGAGUACUCACUGCAUCUGGACACACAGAUACCCACGCUGUGUCUGUUAAUCCAAGCUGACCGCUAUCAUAGGGCAGAAUGGAGAACGCGGGGAUAUCUUGCAUUCAAUUUGGAAGAGUGGGUUUCGGGGGGAAAGUGUGAAUAUGAGCAGGGAAUCGGACACACUUGGGAAGACUUGGAAGGACACCUCGGCACGGGCACGGGGGGAACAGUGUGCCCUCCGCUCGCUCCUCUCUCCGACGCAUCACAGCUAGAUCCGCUAGACCCUGGCAACUUGUUUAUAAAUUGUCCCUCCUAGUAGGCACCUUUUGUACACAGGCCAGGGCAUAGAUGGUUCGCUAGCAACCAUGACCGUUUUAGCCAUCUAUCCAGAUUGCGAGAGAUAUAAUCUUGCAGCUCAACAGCGUCAACACGGGGUAGUACUAUUGUUAGUGCUUCAAGUUCGGCCGCCGUUUAUAGAUGGACUUUCGUGGCUGUGCUGGACGAAACCAUCAUGGAUCGCGUUCUCAGACUCGUGGCGAUAUGAUAUCUGGAAUGUGUGGUGGCGGCCAAUAUUACUCCUUUAAGCGCCACCAUCACGUUGAGGAGCUUAAUUCUGCUCGUACAGGAGAAGAGAAGUAACGAGAGACUCUAUAUCAGAGCUAUGUGCUCCGAUCAUUUCCUAGUGGCAGGUUGCACGUAUCAUUAGGUGGUUGAUUCCAUCCAUUGAUUGCUUGCUCCCUCUCUUUUCCUUCUGGAACAAUGGAUGUUGCCACUGGCACCGCAGCCAAGGCAGGGUUUGAAAUUGUCACGGCAAUGCUUGACAAUGAACGGCUGGUCGCAUACAUCGAUGUCCUCAGCGCUACGCUUCUCGUCUACGACGUGAUUAUCAACCUCCCGGUCGAGAUCGAGCAUAUUCGGAUCAGGAAAUGGUCACUCUUCACUGUUGUGUACAUUCUACAACGUUAUCUCCCAUUUUUCGAUAGUGUCGGACUGGUUCUUCACCACCAUUUUGGAGCAAACUUGAGCACUCGUUAUUGCAACUUGAACUACGAGAUUGCCGGAUGGUCUUUCGCCAUCGGCGUCACGCUGUCUCAAAUAAUUCUAAUUCUUCGUGUCUGGGCUGUCUGGCACAGGAGCCUCCCGGUAGCCAUCGGACUCGCCUUCUUCUUCCUCGCCUGUUGGGUGCCUUCCUAUGUUUUUACAGAGAAAUUCGUGACUGCCGUGCGAUUCGCAACUCUCCCAUUUCCCGAUAUCCGUGGAUGUUUUAUCGCUGGCGGAAGUAAUGUUUUUCUUUUCUUUUGGGUUUUAAUGAUGGUGUAUGACACCGGUACAUUGGUGAUGAUGCUCAUCUCUGGAGUCGUUGCAUAUCGGAUGGGUGGGAGGUCCCAGCUCAUCGAAACUAUAUACAGAGACGGCGUUAUUUACUAUGUGCUCAUAUUCUUAAUCUCAAUGCUUAACGUGGUCGUCGUUCUCAUUCUUCCGUCCGACCUUCUCCUUCUUUUAACCUCGUAUGUAAAAAAAAAAUCUGCACACCCUCUGCACAUCGCUCACCCACACUCGACAACCAUGACAGGUUCGAGCGUGUAUUACAUUCUCUCCUAACCAGUCGAGCGGUUCUUCAUAUUCGUCAAGUAUACUCGCAACGUUCUAGUCCACAGACAAUCUCGCAGAUUCGUUUCACAGGCAGUGAGAAUCUAGGUCCUUCAGUCUCUCGCGAACAGAGUUCAAACGAUUGAUUAGAAGGUUCUCUUUGAUUCUCGCGUUUCG